GCGGCUUUUACUCACGAUAACUUAACUCAACUAUCAAUACAUACACAAAAGCGAAGGAAAGAGCCCUAAACAUUGCAAAAAUGCACGGGACCGAUAUUUUAGCCUUGGUCCUUCGCGUGGGCCAAUUUGCUUUCAGUACCAUCGUCGUCGGUCUUACUAGUUCACAUCUUCACUCAGCCAGAGCCGAACCAUCAUGGUCUAAGAAACGAUUCAUCUACACCGAUGUCGUUGCUGCUUUAGGUCUAUUCUUCUCCUUAUUCUUCAUGUUGCCGUUCACUUGGAACUUCAUUCAUUGGCCGAUCGACUUUUUGAUGUUUGUUAUGUAUAUGAUUGCUUUUGGUUUACUUGUGGAUUUCAUCACACCCCUCGACUGCGGCAGUAUAUUUAACUGGUAUGGCAUCUUCGGUUCCUCCGCUUGUGCGAGAUGGAAAUCAGAUGUCGCUUUUACAUUCCUAGCUUCAUUGUUCUUCCUCGGCUCUUUUCUCCUCGGGACAUACGUCCACCACCGCAACCGCCACACAAUCGUCACCGACCAACCGGCCAAUGGUCAACAAAGCAAUGGUCUCGGCGGUGCACGCAAGAGGUGGUAUCGAUCGCGUGCCGAUCCAUCGCGCAUCUAAUUUCUGCGCGCUUAGCUCUGCUCCGAGUUUUGAUGCGAUUUCCUCGUGAUUAUCGAUUUUAAGAGAAUUGGGAUAUCGUUGGACUUGUGAAAUGGGAAAUGGGAGGAAGUGAUAAUGAGACGAUAGGACUGGAUAUUUUGAGAUCGGAUAUGAACGAUACCCCUUUUCCUUCUUUUCCCCUUGCUUCUUUGCUAUUCUUUUGUGUCUUUUUUCCUUGAAGCCAUUCUCUACUCUUGGUCGACAAACGAACAGGCAGAUAGUCAGGUUGGCUGCAUGUCCGUCACCGUACAUUACGAUGGGAUGAUAAAUGGUUUCGUUAAACUUUCCUCGAUUGUUGACAUGUACUUCUAUUUUGUGUGUAGGUCUCCUCUUAAUAUGAAUCUAUGAGAGCGC